UUAUUAAAACAUAAUACUCCCAUAAAGUACAGUUCAGCCACGUGUCAACGUCCUAUUGGACAACACACUAACCAGCCCUGAACUCCAAUGACCCGUGGCGUCGUCAUUAUGACGUAUCAAUGAGACUUACUUUCAAUCGGUGGUUUUAGUCAUUUUACUAAAAAAAAAGAAUUUUUUCGAUCUCCGACCAAAAAAAAGUGCCAUUUUUUUGCACUACAAUUAAAGAAAAUAAGAAAAGACCCCGCUAAAACCACCCAAACCCCCUAAAAUGAGUCUUGAAUGCACGGAAAGCUCCUUGGAAGGGAUUAAACGAGCGAAGAAGGACCCAGUAUUGGUACAGGAUGACAGAGUGUUGCAGAAUUUAUUAAAACAAGAAGAAAAGUAUUUGCCAAGGACUACAUACUUCGAGUGCGUUCAGAGAGAUGUCAAGCCAUACAUGAGGAAGGUCGUGGCAACGUGGAUGCUUGAGGUAUGCGAGGAACAGCGUUGCGAAGACGAUGUGUUCCCCUUGUCUAUGAAUUACUUGGAUCGUUUCCUUGGCAUGCGAGCUAUCAGCCGAACUCAGCUUCAACUUUUGGGCGCUUCCUGCAUGCUGAUUGCAUCUAAAGUGAAAGAAACGAUUCCUCUUACCGCCCAGAAACUUGUGAUUUACACCGACCAUUCCAUAACACAUCAAGAACUCCUGGAUUUCGAACUACUCGUCCUGUUUUAUCUAAAAUGGGAUGUUUUGUCUGUGACGGCUAUCGACUUCGUAGACCAGAUCCUACAUAGACUGGACAUCGGUGUCGAAAACACAAGGGUUGCAAGGAAACAUGCUAAUACUUUCAUCCAUCUGUGCUAUACCGAUCACAAGUUCUCCAUGUACACUCCCUCAAUGAUCGCAGCCGGCACCGUUGGCGCAGCAGUUUGCGGUCUUCCUACCGAGUACAAUACUAUCUGGUCAUCAAGGCAAAGGCUGAUUGGAAGACUCUAUGAAAUCACAAACGUUGAUAUUGAACUCCUGCGAGAAUGCCUUGAACAAGUCGAAAAUAUUUUACGAAACAACCUGCUUCAUGUGACGUCAUCUGGAGAUAAUGAGUCUGAUAUGACGUCAUCGUCAAGUAACGUCACAACCAACAAUAACGGUUCUUUAAACAAGUAUGACGUCGCAACAGGCGGUUACGUCAGAGUAACGGAUGACGGAGAAAGGGGCGAUGGCAAUACACCGACGGACGUUUGUGACGUCAUGUUUUAAUUAAAUAAUUAACAACGCCCGCCAUGUUACGUCAUAGGUGACAUCACAAUAUGGUAUGGCGGCACGGGAUAUCAGGUGGGCAAUCGGAACGAUUUGCUUGAAUAGUCGUCACUUCAUGAGUUAGAAAUAAGAGACUUUGUGAUCAUCAUGAUUUUAUAUUAAGACUAUUAUGACGCCAUCAUGAGUUAAUAAUAAGAAACUAUUAUGACGUCAUCAUGAUUUUAGAUUAAGACUAUUAUGACGCCAUCAUGUGAUCAUUUUCAAGAACAAGCAGUUUAUUUUUUCUAGAACAAACCAAUGUUGGAUUUUUAUAUUUGUAGCUUUUAUUAAAGAUUCAGAAUAAUUUGUAGAACUUGUGUUGCCAAUCUCAUUCGUCGCUGCCUUAAUUGUAAAAUUACCUUGCAUUUCAUGUUAUUACUAAAAAUGCAAGGUAAAUUUAAUACUUUUGUUUAACUGCCAUUUUUUAUUGAAAUGUGUUGUCAUAAUUGCCUUCUGUCACGGACCACUGCCUUCGUGCAAUUUCUCACCUUUUUUAUCUCGUUUUUAUUUCACUGCCUACGUCACAAUACCACUGAUUUUCCCGCGCAAAAUUCAAAAUACACCCAAACUGCCAACAUGUGUUCGCCAUAGACGGCCCAGGAUAAAACGGGCAUUUCUAUCCUGUUUAUCUACGGGUAUCGCAUGGUCAUUUCAAAAAUCAAAAUAUCGCUUUUGGGCAUUUUUCAGCCAGAAAACAGCUUUUACACAAUUUACUCGUUUGAACUAUGAUUUUUAUCUCAAAAUAAACAAUUUGUAGGAAAAACACAACUUUUUUCUUUUUUUUUCUUAGGAAUUUCGUUUUUUCGUGAAUUUCUAAACCAAGUAACGAAUCUGUACAUAAAAUGAUCUUUUCUCUUUACACGACUGAGUUCUAUAAAUUAACGAAUGUUUUGGGAAGAAUUAGUUUUUUGAUCAGGACGUAACAAUGGUUUGAGAACGCGUUUGUGACGACAGAAAACUAUAUAUGGAGAAAGAGAAUUAAUGAACUUUUAUAUUUUUGGGGAUUUCCCGACAUCGUGGAAAUUCCCCUAAAUGUAGGGAGAUCCCCGUUUUAAGUAGAAUGUUAGAGUAUGGUAAUUUUUAUCGAAAAUGUUGUUUUUUUCUCAAUUUCUUACCUUUUCGUGUUUUUAACUGUUUUUAUUCAGAAAAAAAAUUGUUCGAAAAAAAUUUCGUUUUUUUUCUUUGUUCAUUGUUGCGUAGUUCAAUGUUAUUGUUUUCUUUGAUUCUUUUGUCAUAAUCUACCGAAUCAUCAUAACAACGAUUAGCAUUAUUUCGUAACAAUUCUUUUGUGGCCUUUUUAUCCUUUUUUCCAACUUUUCACUCCCCAGCUAUUAAAAUCUUAUCUAAUCAAUGCAAGGUGGGUUUUUCGGGCUCCGACCCCCCAAUAUAAUUAGUUAUGUCGCAAUGCUGCUAAAAAACAUAAUUUUUAACCCAAAAUCGCUGGAUUUUAUUUGUAUCUUACCCCAAAAUGCAGAUAAAUUUUACCGAUUUUAUUAAACA